AUGCAACGAUCUUUGCUUCCAUUCAUAUUAGUUCCUUUGACUUUAUUAUGCUGGCUAAGAGCUUAUAUUCUUUAUCACGAGGCAGUUGCUAGUCUUUAUGGUGUCCAAAGAACGAUCCCUUCAAAGAAUGUGUCGGUUGAUUUACCAAAGUAUGAUAAUCUUACCAUUGGUGACCGACGAGAAAAUAUCUUCUAUUUUAUGCAGGUAUCCGAUUUACACAUAUCCAAAUAUUAUAAACCUGGUGGUGCUUCUCACUUUUUAUACUUUCUUUCCACCGCCCUUCCUGUUGUUUCGCCUUCUUUUGUGCUUGUAACUGGAGAUUUAACUGAUGGGAAAGAACAAUACUAUGGUAGAUCGGGUCAGAACGUUGAUGAAUGGGCAACCUAUCAAACUGCAUUACAAGAAUCUGGAAUUCUCGAUCGCCCGGACUUUUGGUACGAUCUGCGUGGAAAUCAUGACUGUUUUAACGUGCGUUCUUGGGAUAGUGAGCAAAACUUGUACAAACUAUAUAGCGUGGUAAAAAAAAGAGGAUUUGAUUUUACGGUAGAAAAGACUUUUGGUCGAUAUAGAUUCAUUGGAAUUGAUGCAUGUCCAAAAUCUGGACCUUCAAGACCUUAUAAUUUCUUUGGUUAUUAUGAGAUCAGUGAUAUGGAUCGAUUAUCUGAAAAAUUAUUAGAUAAGUCGAUGGCAUCCAAUCACACCUUUUUGGCUACAUUAUCAUAUGGAAAAACUUCUAAAGGCGAAUCUUUCGAGGAUUUAUCAGAGCAUAUCAGCGUUUACAUGUGUGGUCAUUUACAUAAACUUGCUUUGGGUCUUGGUGAUCAUUUACAGAUAUACCGAUCCACUAAUUAUUUAGAAUUAGAACUAGGAGAUAUGAAAGUUAAUGCUGUGUAUCGUAUAAUAGCUAUCGACCAUGAUUUAGUCAGCUAUACUGAUGUUCAACUACCUCUACCCGAAAUUCCUCUAAAAACUCCUCCUUCACCCGCGGAAGGUUUCUCAGUUUUACCUGAAAAAUUACCCUAUCCACCGGUCAUCUUGAUUACCAAUCCUAAAGGUUCCGCAUACACUAUGAAAUAUCACGAGCCUGUGCACAGAAUAAAAGAUAGCACACAUAUAAGAUUGUUGAUAUUUUCAGAUCAUGCUAUAGAUACUGUUUCCAUCUUUUUAGAUGGAAAGUUACAUGAUCAAGAUGUACAUUAUAAAGGAAAUUCUAAGAAUGAUAAAGAAUAUAUUCCGCUUUGGACUUCUCAAUGGAAUCCUUCAAAUUUUGAUGAUGGUAAAAAUCACGUAAUUGUUGUCAAAGCUCAUGAUACUUCGGGUCAAGUGGGUGAAAGUAAGUUAAUAUUUCGCGUAGAUGGUGUAAGAAGUAAUAUGGAUGGUGGCAUUAGUGAAUUUUUAAUGUUUCUAGAUUGGGCUGUGGUGGCUCGAUCUUCGUUUUUUAUUGGUCAUGUAUCACUCACAAUUUAUCUGCUUGCUUCGAAAUUAUAUGUUGCUUAUAAUCCAAAUCAUCAUUUGAUUACUUCAUUUCAUACUUCCAAAAAAACAAUUCCUGAAUCCUUCUUCCGUAACAUGAUUACUUCAUCACCGCAAAGUGGUUAUGGCUUAUUCUGGUUAUACGGCAUCCAAAAUUUCCAUAAUUUAAGAUGGCUACCAUCAGCAGAUACAUGGAUGCAUGGUUCAUUAGAUCUCCUCUUUUCAGUCAUUAUUGUUGUAAUAUGGUUUGUGAUUAUUACAGGUGAUAGGAGAUGGAGAACCAAAUGGUUAUUGUGGGGAAUUAUACUUUGGUUAUGGAGAGGAUCAGAAUUAUACAAAUUGUCACAGAUCUAUGGACAUUUUGUCUUUUGGGCAAAUAUACAAACAUUUUGGUGGCUCUUUUGGGGAUGGUACGGAAUUUCAAAAGGAAUAGUAAGCUAA